AUGACCUCAGGAGAGUCCAGUCAACAGCCCUGGAGCGAGUCGAGUGCACCUAAGCUCGAGCUGAAAACACUCCCUGCGGGGCUCAGGUAUGCAUUUCUGGGACCUAACUCUACAUACCCUGUGAUAGUGAAUGCUGAGCUGAACAAUGUUGAACUUGCUUUGCUUCUCUGUGAGCUUAGGAAGUAUAGAAAAGCUAUAGGGUAUUCGCUAGAUGACAUCCCUGGAAUUUCUCCUGAUCUUUGCAUGCAUAGAAUACAUCUAGAAGAUGAAUCGAUGACUUCUGUAGAACAUCAGAGGAGGUUAAACCCGAAUCUAAAAGAUGUUGUCAAGAAAGAGAUAAUGAAACUUCUAGAUGCUGGUGUAAUUUAUGCUAUAUCUGAUAGUAAGUGGGUCAGUCCUGUGCAUGUAGUUCCUAAGAAAGGUGGUAUAACUGUUGUUAAGAAUGAUAGGAACGAGCUGAUACCCACUAGAACUGUCACUGGUCAUCGCAUGUGCAUUGAUUACCGCAAACUGAAUGCUGCAACUCGCAAAGAUCAUUUUCCUCUCCCAUUUAUUGAUCAAAUGCUUGAGAGAUUGGCUAACCAUCCAUACUACUGCUUUUUAGAUGGUUACUCAGGUUUCUUUCAGAUCCCCAUCCACCCAGACGACCAGGAGAAGACGACAUUCACAUGUCCAUAUGGCACUUAUGCUUAUCGCAGAAUGCCGUUUGGACUGUGCAAUGCACCGGCCACGUUCCAGCGCUGCAUGAUGUCUAUUUUCACUGACCUUAUUGAGGACAUAAUGGAAGUUUUCAUGGACGACUUUUCUGUCUAUGGAAGCUCCUUUGCUGUGUGUUUGUCUAAUCUGUGCAGGGUAUUGCAGCGGUGUGAGGAGAGACAUCUUGUGCUGAACUGGGAGAAAUGCCACUUCAUGGUGAGAGAUGGGAUCGUGCUGGGACAUAGGAUUUCAGAGAAGGGAAUCGAGGUUGACAGAGCGAAGAUCGAGGCGUUCAUCAAAGACUUCUCCAAGAUCACCAGACCUUUGACGCAGCUGUUGUGUAAGGAGGUGAAGUUCGACUUUGACAGUACAUGCUUGGAGGCCUUUCACACGAUCAAGGGAGCUCUAAGAAAGGAGAAGAAGCUGCACGUGAUCUACUACGCCAGUCGCACACUUGAUGAAGCUCAGUGCAAGUACGCUACGACUGAGAAAGAACUAUUGGCGGUGGUCUUUUCGUUUGAGAAGUUUCGGUCCUAUCUUGUUGGAUCGAAGGUGAUUGUCCAUACUGAUCACGCUGCAUUGAAGUACUUGCUGACGAAGAAGGAUGCGAAGCCGAGACUCUUGAGAUGGAUUCUUUUGCUUCAGGAGUUCGAUCUGGAGAUCAAGGAUAAGAAAGGGAUUGACAAUGGUGUAGCUGAUCCUCCAUACCUGUACAAGCACUGCACCGAUGGGGUCUACAGGAGAUGUGUAGCUGAUGAGGAGAUACAUGGGAUCUUGUUCCACUGUCAUAGCUCAUCUUAUACUGGACACUUCGCCACAUACAAGACAGUAUCAAAGGCACUGCAAGCUGGAUACUGGUGGCCUACCAUGUUCCGAGAUGCACACAGGUUUGUGUCCAACUGUGACGUGUGCCAGAGACAGGGGAACAUCAGUAAGAGAAACGAGAUGCCACAGAACUUCAUUCUGGAAGUAGAGGUUUUCGACGUGUGGGGAGUUGACUUCAUGGGACCCUUCCCAUCUUCCUAUGGAAACCUGUAUAUUUUGGUGGCUGUCGACUAUGUAUCUAAGUGGGUGGAGGCUAUAGCCAGUCCUACUAAUGAUGCAAAGGUCGUGAUGAAGAUGUUCAAGUCGGUGAUCUUCCCUCGAUUUGAGGCACGGGUGAAGCACAAGGUGGCGACUCCUUAUCAUCCCCAGACGAGUGGCCAAGUCGAGCUAUCUAACAGAGAGAUCAAGAACAUCCUUCGGAAGACUGCAGGCACGACUGGGAAGGACUGGGCUGCAAAGUUGGAUGAUGCACUCUGGGCCUAUCGAACUGCCUACAAGACUCCUCUUGGUACGACACCGUUUAACUUGGUCUAUGGCAAGACUUGUCACCUACCUGUGGAGUUAGAGUACAAGGCUGCGUGGGCAGUGAAGCAGAUAAACUAUGACAUGAAGUCUGCGGCGGAGAGGAGGAACAUGCAGUUGGUCGAGCUUGACGAGAUUAGGCACCUGGCCUAUGACAGUUCGAAGAUCUACAAGGGGCGGACUAAAGCCUAUCAUGACAAGAAGAUUCUGAAAAGGAACUUCUCCCAAGGAGAUCAAGUCCUCCUGUUUAACUCCAGGCUGAAGUUGUUUCCUGGAAAGCUGAAAUCAAGGUGGUCUGGGCCCUUCGUCAUCAAGGAGGUCAGACCAUAUGGAGCUUUUGAGCUAUGGGACAAGUCUGGUGGACACUUCGUGGUGAACGGUCAACGCCUCAACCCAUACCUUGCUGAUACCGACAUCACAGAGAGGGCGUCUAUUCCUCUCAGAACGAGGCGGCGACGGAUACUCACGCGGCGAGAGGAGAUAGCGCGAGGGAAGAGACCCGUCGUCGAGCCCGAUGACGACUUCGUGGAGGACUCGACGAUGCAGGACGCACCUUUUCCUGAGACACCGGGAGACGACGAGCCCGAGGACACUGUCACGGAGAUCGAGAUGCAGCGUCUCCGCACCCUCCUCGACAUGAAGUUUGCCGGGACGCGGUAUGCCGACAGAGGCACGAUGCAGACGCUCCGCAUCGACGAGGACAUCGACGAGAUGUUCCACAACCUAGGGAUCGGCCGAGUCAUGUUCCAGCAGCACGAGGCUUACCGGAAGGCGACUUGCCUUUUCCUUGCCACUCUCGAGCACGAGCCCUGCGUCGACGGCAAGACCACACCCGACGGCAGUGACGGGUACAUCACAUUCUGGGCCACUGGACGGACACCAUCUCUCAUACAGAGAGAUCGACCGAGCUCUUUCUCUGCCGCCAGGCAACCGUCUAGGCCUCGACGUCGACCGCGACGAGAUGUCCGCACUUUGGGGGACGAUCGCGUUUGGGGAGUACUUCUCCUCAAGUGCGAAGUCCGCUCAGAUCAGGAGCCCGCCGGUCCGCUACUUCCACAAGGCGAUCGCCAACACGCUCUUUUCCCGACAGGCCACCGGGAACGUCACAGAGACAGAGAUGGCCAUGAUCGACGUGGCACUCACAGGCAUCCCGUUGAGACUGAUCAACGGGACCCAGCUCCGAGGCAGCAGAGAGGACGAGGUCGCACCACCCGAGGGCUCGAUCUCGAGUACCUGAGGAACAGCGUCUUCUUGCAGAAGACGUCAGACGCCAGCCGACUCCUGUACCAGUUCACUCACGUUCAGCUCGGCGCUCCCGCAUGUUGCUCCCCAGCCCCAGCUGGACGACGAUCAGAGGAGGGUCCAACGUCGAGUUCAACCCACCUCAGUCCGCUCUCUACACCGGAGAUCGAUCGACCGCCAGAGACUACGCCACACCUCAGGCGACCACACACCGCGGCGAUCCAUCACACGAGCUUGACUCCACGCAGACGGACGAGCUCGACCACUUGCACUUCGCCGGCUACACCACCACCGCCAGACAGACCGCCGGCUGAAGGCGGCUCACCAGCACAUCGGCAUUCUUCAGCGGUGGAACAAGGCGCAGGACAAGAUCACCAGCAAGCUCAAGAGCAAGGUGAAGAAGAUGGCCGAUCAGAUCCGUGCCAUGCAGGACAAGCUGAGCUGUGUUGCCUCAGCUUCAGGAGGUGUCCAGAGGACCGCAGUCGGUCCACGCCAGGCGAUCCCCUCUCCGAGGACGACGACGAGCCCACCACGACACCACCGGCGGACGACCACUACCUCCUGAGCCACCACGACACUCUUCCUUCGAGCCGCGACAGCAGCGGAAGAGGCGCGGAGAGCCGCAGACAGCGAGACCAUCAGGCGCAGGAGCUGACGCAGACUUGCCAUUCAGGCGAUGCAGCUCUUCGAGGCCGACAGCGCCGACAGAUCACACACCGCCGACGAGAGCUCCGCCGGACCAGUACGUGCCUUACACACGAGCGAGCUGCGCCUACCACCGUCCCUACUUACACGCAGGAGAGCAUGCAGGAGGAUCUCGACGACUUCAUCUACGGACGCCGCUGA